AUGUCCUCGCCAUCAGCCUUCUCGAGCCUCAAGCGCCGCGUGACCAAGCACCACCACGCGGCGCACAAGCGCGCGAGUUCCGCCUCGUCGGCCCUGUCCACCAUCUCGUCGGCUUCCAGCCUGAGCGAGGGCACGCCGCCAGCGUCCCCGCCCGCGCUGUCGAGCCUGCCCAAGCGCACCUCGAGCCUUAGCGACUCGGCGCCGCCCUCCCCCACCCGCCUGACCGACAGACCACCAGUCAUCCCCUUCCCCGAGCUCGCGCCGGUGUCGUUCGCGCCGACCCGCCCCGCGCCGCCGCCGCCCGCCGUCCCGCCCCGCACAGUCGCACCGUGGCGCGCACACCUGCUCGCCAUGGCCCAGAGCUACUCGUGCGUCGUGGAGGCCGGCGCCGCCAGCAACAACACCAGCAGCCACCAGCUCACGUCCACGAUCGGGCGGCUCGCCGACCCCCGCCUCAACGAGCGCCAGGCGCUCGCAGUCCUCAGGUCGUACCUCGACACCCUGCACUCGGACAACGCAUCGUUCCGCCCCCGCCGCGUGCCGGUGCGCUACACCCGCGCAUAG